AUGUCAAGAAGAUGGAACAUGGACCAAAAACGCUAUUUAUUGUCGGCGUAAGAUUUUAAAUGUACAAAAUUUUUAAAAGUUACAAAAUAGUAAAUGUGAAAAUUAACUUUUAAAAAGUUAUUAUUAUUAAUUAUCAUUUAAUAUUUGACAAUUUUAGCAACAAAAUGCGGUUUACAAGAAGUGAUAAAAAACAGUAAUAACAAGUUUUUUACUAUUUUGAAAGGAUCAAGUAAUUCUGUUGACGUGUGUUUACCAGGUUUUAGCCUAAAUUCUGACUUAGAAUGUGAAGCUGAUAGUGAAAGGAUUAAAAAUACCACUUGCGAGUGUAAGUUUCAUUUAUGAUAGAAAAAUCUCAAUUUUUUUGAAUUUUUGAUUUACUUAAAAAUAUAAAUUUUAGUAAUUCCGGUGAUUUUGCCAGAAUGCCCAGAUAAAACGAAUCAUUUUGAUACAUUUCAUUAUUGUAUGUGUGAUGAAAGUUAUGAAAAUGAUGACUACAGAUGUGUCAGUAAGUUAUAAUUUUUUGUAUAGUAACCCUGUAUAUUGUGCUGGGUGAUUAAGAAAACGAUAAUAAAUUUUGCAUUUAAUUUUUUGGCUUUUUUUUCAAAAUUUUUUACUUAGUUGCCGAUUUUUGCGCACAAUUCGGUGACACUAUGUGCAAACAUGGUACUUGUUUGAUUCACAAAGAGUCAUGUUUUUGUGACAGUGACUAUCAGACAGUUGGUGAUGAUUCAUCGUCCUACGUCCUACCUCCGUUAAAAUACAAUUGGACUACUUUGAUAUACAAACAUACUGCUUGUAUAAGUAAGAUUAAAGUUAAAUAUUUUACGUUGUAGUUGUUUACUAUAAAAAUCGUUAAAAACUGAAAUAUUAUUUAUAUAUUGUGUAACUGUUUAUAUUAUAUAUAAGCAAAAUUUUAAAAAUAUUUUUUACAGAGAAACGAUGUUCUAAAAAACAAAUUGACGGUUUUGUGGUUGCACUGCACAGUCCUUAUUUUUACUUUGGGGAAAGCAUAAUAAUAUACGACCGCAACACCCAUCAUGUGAAAGGGGUUGAAACGUGUGAUAUAAACUACCAAUGGGAACACAGUCUCAAAAACAGUACGUAAACAAAGAAAUAUAUUUCACUAUUUAAUACGAUUUAAGUGUAGUGGCUAAUUGUAAUAUUAUUACGCUCAAUCAUAUAAUAGUAUAAGCAGGUUGUGUUUUAGAGUGUGAAGCGCCAACAGGAGUUGAUCGUUAUACGCCAGUACUGUACGUUUAAACAAAUAUCAAAAAAUCAAAAUGUUUACAAUUAUUUUUAGUUCCGAAUACCCAUUGUACACUGAAGUUACAGUAGCUUGUGAAGACUUAGUGCAGAAACAUCUGCUCGGACCACAAAGAAUUGUGUGUUUGAAAGGCGGAUGGAGCUACGAAUCGAUGUGCAGAUGUAUGUUUUUUUGGAUAUAUAAUGGCUCGUGUUUACUACGAUAGUUAUAAAAGUUUUAAAACGCAAAACUACUGAAAAUGGCCAAUUGUGUUUUAGAGUAUAUUAGGGUAAAGUUGUAACAUUUUACCUAUAUUGUAAUUUUUAGGGCACCAAUGCGCGGAUCCGCAAUUAAAUGGCGUUAAUUUUACGGUUAGGAAUCAAGCUCUUGGUUAUACGUACAAUUUUGGAGUAAUAUUAGAUCUUUUCUGUGAAAAUGCCGACGAAAAGCUGGAAGGAAAUCCUUCCAUGGAAUGCAUCGCAGGACAUUCUAAUUUGCAGCCUGUAAAAUGGGAUAGGGAACGCAAGCCGUACUGUAAGAAAAAAUUUGAAUGUGAAUUGAGAGUCGGAAAUGGUGUUCUAGCUAGUGCUGAAGGGUUGAUGAUCGGCGAAAGCGCUAAUUUUGCGUGUAUUCAGCCAAACUACGUAUUGUCAAGUAAGUUUUACAAUAAUAAUUUAUUGAUCAAGCAUAAAAUUGCAAAAAAUAAAACAUACAAAAGCAACAACGUUACAAGGACCGCUACGUUAUGUGUAUACACGCGUGUAAUGUAUUUUCAUAAAAACCUAUUUUUAGACCCUAACCCUGUCACGUGUGUAAAAAAGCCUCGGCUAACUCGUUCAAAUCGUUGUAUAGCUCAAUGGAAUGCACCGGAUUAUGUAAUUCUUAACGCUUCCGCUUCAUUUUAUUGUGAAUUACUUCAAGAAUGCAGUGAACUUAAAAUCAGGUGGAUAAGUCAUCAAACGCCAGGAAGAUUUAAAAAUUUUCGAAGUGGAAAUUCAGCGUUUGGUACAAUUCAAAAAGUACAAGAUGGAGAUCAAGGAGUUUAUACGUGUGAUGUUGUAGAUUUCAAUGGUGAAUUGGCUGAUCAAAUCACAGUACACUUAAAUAUAAAUCAUAAUGGUACAGCUGGGACUAAUACUAACGUGUUUGGGCCUGUUUCGAUGAUUGAGGUGUAAGUCAGUUGGAGGUAUUAAGUAAAUAUGUAGUACAUAAAUAUUAAUUAAAAAUUAUAUAUUAUGGUUAAAUGCAAACUUUUACUGUUAACAUUAAAAAUAGUUACAACUUUUAAUACAAUAUUUUAAGACCCAAUGUAUCGAUUUACUCACCACAUUUGGAUCAACCAGUUCCAGAGUGCAUAGAUCAACAACCAAUGCAAUUAGAAUGCCUAUCCGAGUUGCAUCUUGAACAGCGACAAUCUGGUUCAAUCAAACCAAUUAGUGUGCCUUGGCCUACUGUAAAAGACAAUGACCCUAAUAUUCAAAUUAGUUCUAGUUUGAUAGGACUGACAGCUCAGCCAUAUACGUUUAAUGGAAAAGAAAAAGAAAUACGAUGGUUAUCUAGUGAUCAACAUGGAAACCAAGCCGCAUGUGUCACCAAGCUUAUUGUUGAAGGUACGUUUUACAAAUAUGACCAAAAUCGUUCCAAAAAUGUUUUUUAUUUAAAAAAAAUCUUACACACUCAAUGAAUAAUUUUAUCAAAAACAAAAUUAAUAUUAACGAAGUACAAUAUUAAAAACUAUAUAAGGGUGAUCAUAAAGAAAAAUAUUUACAUCUUUCAUAGCUAUAAACACAUAAUGCAAUGGUAUCAAUUUAAAUUGAGAAAAUAUUUACUGAUAUGCUAAUACUACAAAACGAAUCACCAGUAUUCAGGAGUUCAUAGAGUAACGGCUUGUUGA